AUGCACACAGAAUUCAACUAUCAAAGUGGGCCAGAUAUAUUGUGGUUUCAAGGUGGUGCACCUUUAAUAGAAGCCAUUAACAAAACUGAAGAAGAAAUUGUCGACAUUUUGCAAAAUGUGCAUGCUGAUACAAGUAAGUUGACUAAAUCUUGGGUUCUAUUGUAAGUUUUGCAAGUAUACCUACAACAACAUGAAUCAUAUUGUUAUUGAUAUAACUAUGCCAGGCAAAGCUGUGAAAAUCAAACAUAGACACAAUAGCUGUUAGACUGUUCAUAAAAUUUUUUGCCUCUUUUCAAAGCUAAGCUUCAGGGUUACAGGGCACAGAUUUGAAUACCUAAUAUGUUUUUGAACAACCUAAUAUUUAAUAUAAAACGUUUUUGAAACUUGAAAAUAUACGAUUGACAUUAAAAAGUAUACUAUGUACUGUUUAUUUCAGCAUUAACAACCAUUCAUAUGUACAUAGAAAUAGCAAUAUCAGUAACCGCUCUUGUAGCCAACUCUUUUUUAUUCAUAAUAAUGAUAAAACACAAACGACGAUAUGCUUCUUUAACAAUGAUACUAAUGUUAGCCAUGUGCGUCGACUUAUUUAUGGUAGCCAUGACUUUUACGUGCCAGCCGGUUAUUCAUGUUAUUUAUGGUUAUAUGGUGUGUUACUGUACGAAUUCAUUGUUACCGAAAAAUGUGGUUUUAAAUUCAGCUAUGAUUUCACUAAUGGGCACGGCUAUCGCAUCUACUGUGCUGUUCUUGCCAAUUCAGUUUGCUUAUCGAUAUCAUUUUGUUGUUCAGUAA